GAAAGAGAGAGAGAAAGAGAGAGAGAGAGGGGGCAGUGGGAGGGAGGAGAGACAGAGGAUCCAGCCCUCUGGGACAGCAGUGUGUGUUUUGGGGGUGGACAGAGUGGCUUUGUAUGCAGAACAUCACCGGACACCAACGGGAGGGACGCUGUCAGUUGUUCUCUGUGUGUGUCUGUAGUGAAAUCAGACCUACCUCUGCUCCCUGCGCCACACACACUCCUCCAUCUGCUGCCCAGGAGCCUGCCUUCUGCUUCCUCUGGACUCCUCUGACAGAGUUUGAAUGUGUGUGAGAGUCUUGGAGAGCUGAUUCCCGGAGGUCAGGAGGAGGCUGUGAUGUGGAACUUGUGGGAUUAAACUUUCUGGAGUGGCUGUGACAGUGAUGGAUUGGAGCCAGGAGACGGGAAGUUCAGAAUCUUGAUUGACUGGAGGAUCCCAGAGGAGGAUUUUGCAAGCUCCACUAAAAACCACCCAUCUUCUCUUUUUCUUCUGGACGUUGUCCGUGAGCUUGUGUAGAGAGAGUGUGUGUGUGUGUGUGUGCAGCCCAUGUGGGCGGUGAGAGAUGUGGAUCUGAGAAAACUCCACGCCUCGAUGCCCGCUGCUAUGCUCCCGUGCCCUGCACCGGUCGGGUCCGACUGGAGCUUCCAGAACCCGGUGGGGGUGGACUGCAGCUCGCCUGAACCUCGCUGCAUCUGGCUGGCGGUGCUUCGCAGCACCACGGGUUCAGUGCCGCCGCCCGCCAUGCCCACUGGGCACAGCCAGAGCUCUCGCCAGCCCAGGGGUAAGGGGCGGAGGGAUGGUCUCUCCUCAGCCGGCGACAACCCUCGGCCGCCGAUGGCGACCCGGCCGGGGAGGGAGGGGGUCGGCGUGGGAUGGAAGGGUCCCCGGACGCUGGUCCUCCAUAAGAACUCCCAGGGUUUCGGUUUCACGCUACGCCACUUCAUCGUUUACCCUCCAGAGUCCGCCCUGCACACCAACCUCAAGGAUGAAGAGAACGGAAACGGGAAGGGGUAUCAGAAAGGUCGACUGGAGCCGAUGGACACCAUAUUUGUGAAGAGUGUGAGAGAAAAAGGUCCGGCCCACCAGGCGGGCUUGUGCACAGGAGAUCGGCUGGUGAAAGUGAAUGGAGAGAGUGUUCUAGGAAAGACGUACUCGCAGGUGAUAGCCCUCAUUCAGAACAGUGAAACUGUGUUGGAGCUCUCCAUUAUGCCAAAAGAUGAAGACGUGCUUCAGUUGGUAAGUGCUUACUCCCAGGAUGCCUACCUGACAGGCAACGAACCCUACUCAGGGGGAGCUGAGUACCUCCCACCACCGCCUCCCCUCUGUUACCCGCACACCAAGGCCACGCCCCCCGCUGGAGCCCCUCUGUCUGGCUCCAUGGGCCAGAACCAGCUGGAUAACUGGAGUCGCUGGCCAGGCUCUUCCAGCCCCUCUUCCCCCCUGGACAACCGCUCUGCUGUGGGCAGCCCCGCCAGCUGGCAGGAAGGGCGUGCAGGUGAGCCAGGCGGCGUGGGUCACAGCAGCCCGGCCCACCGCACAGAGGAGAUCCAGUACGGUAUGACCAGCCAGCAGCCUCAGGGCCAGACCAGGGGGCGCUCCUACUCUUCCUCUUCCUCAUCAGGCCCUUUGUCCAGCCCGCUGCAAGUCCACUACCCAAACCACCACGCUGCCAGCUCCUCUCAAGCUUCGCCACGCAAGUCCAGCUCAGCCUGGACGAGCUCUCCACCGCCCCAGCUCAGCCAUGGUCGUACUGAGCGCUGCCAACAGGCGCUCUCUGACUGGUACCACAACCAGGUUCCCGAGCGCCCAGGACGCAGCAUGCAGACCCGCCACCGCAGCUACUCUCAGGACCGGCUCAGCGAUUCAAGGAGGCAGCAGCAGCGAACAGGCGGCUGGCCGCACAGCGCCUCGCAGGACACUCUGAUGUUACUGCAGCAGUCAGGACCCGGACCCCAUGGAGAGCCCUACUGGUCCUAUGCAGACUGGGAGGGGGGCCCAGGUCCGGGACACCCCGCCACUAACUAUACCCGGACACGCUCUGAAAACCUGCUGGCCCAGUACGAUCGGCACGGCCGCUCGUUAGAGAUGCUGGACCGACCAGCAGCUGGACUGGUCUCGCCUCGGUUUGAGAGGCCGACAUGGCUCCAGCAGGCUCCCCAGCCGCCCCCUAGAACUGACACCUACACGAGGCAGGUGAGCCAUUUCAGUACAGCACAAGCUCCUCUGAUGUCCCGACACACACCGUCACAUUCUAAACACCACCCCCACACUCACCCCCAGCCCCAGCCCCAGCCUCAGCCGCAGCAGGCAGCCCCCCAGAGCAGGCGGCUUCCCACUGGACAGAGCAUGGACGACCAGCCGGUGGGCUACCGCAGCUACAGCCCCUCUUUUUACCGCAAGACGGGCCGCAUCAUGCAACAAGCCCACUCUUUCAGGGACCCUUCGUACUCUGGCCCUCACAUGAACUGGAACCCAACGCCUAAAACGAGCCCCCCAGAGGGCACGACGGCACCACUCCCCGCCUCUGCCGCGUCCCCCCUUGCCUCCGCCACUCCCGAAUCCCAGGACAGAGCGUACAGGCCGACAAACCACGAGAGGGAACGAGGGUCAGUGGAGGCGCAGGUGGAGGUGGCACAGAUCCAGGAAGUGGUGCUGAGGCAGAAACCUCCCACCGGGCGGAGGAACGCCCAUGGCAUGCGUCACCCUCACUACGCGCUGCCCAUGGACGGGCUAGAACCCUCUUUGUUUUCUCCCGAUCCCCAGGAUCCUGCCCCUGGUUCCAAGGGAGAUGUAGCCCCUCGCAAACCAAACGGCAACCUCGCCCCCCUCCCCAUAGAGGACGACUCACUGGCCUCCAUCCCCUUCAUAGAUGAGCCGACCAGCCCCGGCGCUGAUUUGCGCGCCCGCCACGUACCGGCGUCCUCCGUGGUGUCAAGCGGCAUGAAUUCGGCGCCCGCCGUGGUCACCAGCCCCGCCUCCCCCACAUUCACCUUCCCCCUCACUAGGCUCUUCUCACACGACUGCAGCAGUAUUAAAUCCGGUCGCCGUUCCUCCUAUGUUCUAGCCAUCACCACCGAGCGCUCCAAGUCAUGUGACGAAGGACUCAACACGUUCAGAGAGGAAGGCCGAGUCUUCUCGAGGCUACCAAAGAGAGUGAAGAGUUUCUUCACAGACGGGUCUCUGGACAACCUUGGGACGGCAGAGGAGGUUCGAUCUAAACGCCACUCCACCUCAGAGCUGGGGAACAUCACUUACAGCGACGUACGGCGAGAAGGAUGGCUGCACUUCAAACAAAUCCUCACAGAGAAGGGCAAGAAGGUGGGCAGCGGCAUGCGUCCGUGGAAGCGAGUCUAUUCUGUGUUUCGCUCCCAUUCGCUGUUCCUCUACAAGGACAAGAGGGAGGCGGUGCUCCGUGGGGCCACGAUCGGAGGUGCGGCCGAGGACGAGCAGCCAAUCAGCAUCCGGGGCUGCUUGGUGGACAUCGCGUACAGUGAGACCAAACGGAAGCACGCCGUGCGGCUGACCACACAGGACUUCUGCGAGUACCUGCUGCAGGCGGAGGACCGGGAGGACAUGCUGGACUGGAUAAAGGUCAUCAGGGAGAACAGCAAGACAGACAGCGAGGAGCUCGGCUUCUCCAGACAGGCCCUCAUCAAUAAGAAACUGAAUGAUUACAGGAAACAGAGUCCAACAGGCAGCAAGCCCGACUCCUCUCCCAGGAUGCCCCGCAUGAAGCCUCCCUUCCUGCUCACCAAGGCUGAAAACGCUGCGGGGGCACCGCGCUCCCCCAAACCAGAUGGCAAAGAAGAUAGCGGUCCUCCGAAGUCUCCAUGGGGAAUCAACAUCAUGAAGAAGACAAAGAAGUCCGGGCCUAAAGCGUUCGGCGUGAGGUUGGAGGAUUGUCAGCCGGGUGUGAAUAACAAGUUCAUCCCGUUGAUCGUGGAGAUCUGCUGCGGCCUGGUGGAGGAGAUGGGUCUGGAGUACACGGGAAUCUACAGAGUCCCCGGGAACAACGCGAUGGUGUCGAUGCUUCAGGAUCAGCUCAACAAGGGCGUCGAAAUCAACCCUGCAGAGGAGAAGUGGCAAGACCUCAAUGUUGUCAGCAGUUUACUCAAAUCCUUCUUUAGGAAACUUCCAGAGCCGCUCUUCACCAACGACAAGUACAACGACUUCAUCGACGCCAAUCGGAUGGACAGUGCGUCAGAGAGACUAAAAACCAUGAAUAAACUGAUCAGAGACCUCCCGGAUUAUUAUUACGACACUCUGAAGUUCCUGGUUGUUCACCUGAAGACUGUAGCCGACAACUCCGAUAAAAACAAGAUGGAGCCCCGUAACCUCGCUCUGGUGUUCGGGCCGACUCUGGUCCGGACGUCCGAGGACAACAUGAAAGAUAUGGUCACACACAUGCCUGACCGCUACAAGAUAGUCGAGACGCUCAUCCAGCACUGCAACUGGUUUUUCGCUGAAGAGCAAGACAAGGAUGAAAAGACGCCGGUGGAAACACAGGAUGUGCAGCCAGCCCCCAACAUCGACCACCUGCUGUCCAACAUCGGCAGGACCGGUCUGCUCGGGGAGGCCUCAGACUCAACCAACAGUGACUCAGCUAAAUCAAAGGGGUCGUGGGGGUCAAAGAAAGAUCUCACACCCAAGGACUUCCUGACUCUGUCCAUCAUGUCAGCUGUUACGGGACGCAAACGCAGGAAGCGCGAUAACGCCCGCCGUGUGGGCAGCAGCACCGACGACGACUCAGAGCACGAGCCAAUCAAAGCCGGACAUUUAGGGGCAGAGGAGGAGGAGGCAGGGUCGCCUGUAGGUGACACUGCGCCUCGAGCAGAGGGAGAGGAGGACGACGAUGAAGAAGAAGACGAAGAGGAAGACGAGGAAGUUGUAGAAAGCGGAGUGAAAGAGGAGGUAGAAGAGCAGGUGGUGGCAGUUAUUCCCAGUCGGCCGUGCUGUAAAGGGGAAGAGGAGGCAGGAGGAAGGCAGGCCGCCAUGUUGUUGCACGAGGAAGAGGUGCGGGCGGAAGUGAAAGGGCCGCCGUGGAGAGCUCCAGAGGAUGCUCGCUCUAUCGUUUCUGGUUACUCCACCCUCUCCACGUUAGGGCGGAGCCUGGGGUCAGAGGGGAGGGGGGACGAUGCUGAUGACGAGCACAGCGAGCUGGUGAGCGAGACGGACAAUGAGAGCGGCUUCGCCUCGCGCUCCCUCACCCAGGAGAGACCUGAUAAACACCCAACACAACCUGUGAACACGCAAGCAGCCCCACGCAGCUUCCUCUACACACACUACAAAGCCCCCGCGCUCUCACCCACAAACCUGCUCGCCCCGCCCACAGCGCUUACACACACGCCAGACUCUGCGGAAAGGAGCGAAGGAGGGGCGCGGUCCACCACGCCCUCGUCCUCCUCCUUCUCCUCCUCAUCCACCACUCACAGGCUGCAUUCGCGGCCUUCCUUCAACUCCCACAAGCUGAUUCAGUGCGACACUCUGGCCAGGAAGAAGAUGAAGUCGGAGAAGGGCAAAGCUCGCUCACUGGACCUGCUGGAGCUGUCUGGCGCCACGGCUGAGGGCGACAUCGCCGGUUCUGGGUCUGACGGUGGAUCCAGAGUGAGGAGGGAGACCUCCAGAACCAACCCCUCCUCAGGCAGCAGCCAGGAGAGCAUACGCCUGACCCGGCCCAAGCCCUCCCUGCCACCCAGCGAGGCCGCCUCCUUCACCCCGACCGGCCCCGCAGGCAGGUCGCUGGCGGACCAGGUCCGCGCUCGUCUGCUGGGCUCGGCCGACGACCUUCGCAGUGUGGGACUGCGAAAACCGCUGUCACCGGAGACACGGAGGAAGAGGCGGGCCUGGCGAAGACACACGGUGGUGGCCUCCCCAACGGAGGUCUCUGAGAAGAGGCCCCCGCUGACCGUCAGCGAGUUCCCCCUGUCUCCUGUGAAUCAAAACCAGGUCAAAACACAGGGGCUGCCUCGGGAUGCAGACGGGCUCGAUCAAGGACCGGCUACACGUCAAGCACCCACCUCGAGAUUCCACCAGUACCUGUGAGCGCUGCCCGCUGACCCCUCACUUCACUCGGGGAGUCAGACGCUCCUGCAGACGCUGACUCCCCCCGCAGGGCAGAAGGCCAGCAGCUGUGUAAACAGAGUUGUGGUUAGUUGCCAGGUGCAACACAGUGUACCAGUGAAGAGCAGCCCCACCUUUUGUCUUUUCGAUAAGCUCCAUUUGCAUGGCAAGGGGCAUUCCAGUGUUGCCAAAGUUAUUUUCUUUUCCAUACGUGUGCUUUUAUAGAAAUAAUACGGAAAGAGGACACACACCUCCCCACAAUCAAUUUUACAGCCACGAAUUCUCACUUGAGUAAUCCCCGAGCAUCCUCCCCGUCUUCUCCACCUUCCUGCUUACAGACAUCAAUUCAAUUCAAGUGGAUGCUGAAAUGCAACAUGAGAAUGGUGCUUCUUAUCAGAGUGGGCUUUCACGGUAACCAUUACCACAAGAGACGCACACACACACACACACACACACACAUCUAAUUACACACAAGUGAUUGGUCAUUUAAAACUAUUUCAAGAGGGAUCUCAGCUGAUUUUUUUAUAUCAGUCUUCCUAAUCUGUUCCUCGUCAGACCACAGACACUGUAAUACUCUCAUUUAUACGCCAAACAAUAGACACAGUAGGUCACACACACACACACACACACACACACACACACACACACACACACACACUCGUAUCUCUCUACUUGUUAAUAAUGUUUAUGUGUUUGCGCAACAAUAUUUGUGAUCAUGUCUGAGCGUGCAGGUGUUUGUGUUGAAAACUUUUGUAACAUUUGUACAAAGCCUUGUUAAGUUAACCUUGUAAAUAUAAAUAUUAUGUUAUCAUAUUUGUUUUUACUUUUUUUAGUUCCUUUUUUUAUGGUUUACAAAAAGUGCGUACGAGCGCACAGUCAUUGCUUUCAAGAUGUUACUUGAAAUGUUUCCCUUAAUAUAUUCUUUUUUUUUUUAUAUUCAAUAUAUAUAUUAUAUAUAUUUUGUAUUAAAGUUAAAAAAAAAAGUAUGUUUAUUGUGAUUUCACCUCUUGGGUGUACCUGUUCACAGGAGACGAGAUAAACCUGUUCCUUAUUUCCUCAUAGAUGGCCUUUCUCUCUGAUUCUCAGCACUGUGCAGAAAACCUUUAUCUCACGAGAUAUAGUCCUUAUAAAUAAGUUUCUCUGGUGACUAUACUUCCAGCAAUGUUGCAUCAACAUGUAGCAAGAAAAUAAAUCUGGUAAUUAUUACAUUAUAUUGGGCAGUUUGAAGGCAACUCAGCGCCACUCUGUGAUCUCAUUUGUUUAGCAUGUCUGGGAUUCCUGAGCCUCCACAGAUCUUCUCAUAUGUACUGAGCUCAACACAAAGUAUGUUCUUCUUGUAAACGAGAAGCUUCGGGCCGUUUAACAGACUGUUCAAACGUCAUCGCCUCUGUCGGUGAUGAUCUUUUUCAUCACGUCCCUUCUGAGAGUUCAUCUCUCUGCACGUUUCUUACCUUGGGGUUACAUGAGGAGUUUUUCAUAAGGUCAGGCUCUAAUAAAUCCUCCGACCGGGGAAAUGGUACAUUAGAGGAAAACGAAUACGGAAUGAUUCUAUUGUUUUUCAUCUGUCGUCUUGAUUUGCCAUCACACAAGAACAACCGGAGGUGCAACUUCCAAAGUCAUGAGACGUGUUUUCACCUGACCAAAUAACCCAGUGAAAAAUAAUACUAGUAAUAAUAAAUGAUAAGUUAUAGUCUUGUCUUACCUCAAGAUCUUUUCUACAAAGUGCCUGAUUUCUGGAAUGUGUUUUUUGUUCUGCAGUGCCAUGGUCGGUUCUUAUCUUUCCGUUUCUUUUUGUUGUUUCUGGGUCUCCGCCCUCCUCUCCUGUGGUUGAUGGUAUAACUAAGGCACUGACCCAAAGAUGUGUACAUUUAAUACAAGCGGUCUAAUUGAGAGGCUGUAAUUUAAAAAAAAUAAAUCAAAUAAAAGCACACAACAAGCCAAGGACAUGUCUAUGCACUCUCUUUGCCUUUAACACAGGCAUUAACAGCUAUUACUGACGCUGCUAAGAGAGAAGAUGCAUAGUACAGCUGCUUUUCUUAACAAACUGAGGUCAUCUCUCUGCCUAGUUGACCCACAGUGUGUGAAUAUGGUACACCUAACAAGCCCUACCCUAAACCGCCAUUAGGUCAUGUCAGACAACAAUAUAUUACAGAUGAACAAACAGCCCGUGACUUCAUCAAAAAGGAAAACUCAUCAAGUUGGUGUGUGUUGUCUGAAAUGUGAUUUUUACCUAAUGUCUCGUAUUUUAAAAUAUUUUUUGUACAUACUAUCUUAAUAUGUAACAUAUUGUAUUGUGUACAUUUGGAAUUGCUUUUUUUGAGUAUAACUAAUAUGAAAAUGACUGGACUUAAAAAAAGGUUGUCCGCCUGAAACCAUUUCCCUCAUGGCUGUGUGCUUUAAAGCAAGGUUAUAUGAUGUAAAUAAACAGAACUAUGUUUAAAGAAAA